GCGCCCGGCGCUGUCCCUGGUGCUGAUGGCCCCGACGGGGCGGGAGCGGCGCCCGGGACCUGCCGGGGGGCGGCCGCAUGAUCCGCAUCCCACAUGACAUCCCAGAAAGGAGCUGGGCAGCGGCCACCCCUGCCAAACGUCAUUUUUUUUCCCUCCGGUGAAGAAGAGGGGUGGAUUAUCCCGUCCCUCCCCUCAGGCGGCUUUGCAAACAGCCGGGCAGGGGCAGCUGCAGAUCCGAGGUUCCCCGUGGUUCCCAGCACGGCCGGCACCUUCCCAGACGUGCCUUCACUUGGGAUAACCAGCAGAGCAAGGAGGAGACCAGCGCCUCUGGGAUUAUGCUGUGGAGCAGCAAGGAAACCAGCACCACACAAGAGCCACCUCUGCUGAAUGUGGGCAGCUCUUCCCACCCUCCUGUUGCUUCCUCUGCCAGCAAAACUCCAACACAAGGCAGCUGGAUGAACCUCCUGGAAUUCUCCUCCCUCUGGACACCCACUGGUUGCUCUCCAUUGGGAUCUCACAUCGUUCUCUGCCCAGGGCUUCUCAAUUCUUGCCUUCUCCAAGGCAUCCUUGCAGCCUGAGCAGAAGACGUGGCUGAGUUUCUCGCAGCAUGGAUAACAGCAGUGGUCCUGUUCUUCUCCUCACCUUUCUCCUGCUGCAGAACACGAGCAGCCCCAAAGCCUCCACCCUCCCUGCUGGCUAUGGGAUGGCAGAACCUGCAGCCCCAGGAGCCGGCUCCAGCAGGAACCGCUCUCUGGUGGAGUACGGGCUGAGGCCGGGGGAAAUCGCAGCCGCCAGCGUGGUCUGGGGAGCGCUGUGGCUGAUCUCUGUCUUGGGAAACUUCCUCGUUUGCUUAGUGAUCCACAGGAGCAGGAGGACUCAGUCCACCACCAACUACUUUGUGGUGUCCCUGGCGUGUGCAGACCUGGUGGGCAGCGUGGGGAGCGCGCCGCUGCUGCUGCUGCAGCUGAGCUCCGGGCGGUGGCUGCUGGGCAGCGGCGUGUGCCGGCUGGGCAGGUACCUGCAGUACCUGACGCCCGGGGUGCAGACCUACGUGCUGCUCGCCAUCAGCGCGGAUCGCUUCUACACCAUUGUCUACCCCCUGAGCUUCAAAGUGUCCAGGGGGAAAGCCAAAAAAAUGAUUUUGGCCUCUUGGCUCUGUGGUGCUCUGUUUGCAUCACCGGCCUGUUUUCUCUACGGCUCCAGCAGUGAUCACCACUGCAACUUUUUUCUCCCCAGUUCUUGGCAAGGAGCUGCCUACGGUAUCAUCCACCUCCUCUUGGUGUUUUUGAUCCCAUCCCUCCUCAUUAUCCUUUUUUACCAGAAAGUCAUUAAGUACAUUUGGAGAAUAGGCACGGAUGGAAUGACUGUCAGGAGAACAACAAACAUUGUUCCAAGAACAAAAGUGAAAACCAUCAAGAUGUUCUUAAUGUUAAAUUUGAUGUUUCUCCUGUCCUGGCUGCCUUUCUUCGUGGUACAGUUGUGGCAUCCACAGGAAACAGACUACAGAAAGAGCUCCUUGCUUUUCCUGGCCAUCACCUGGAUCUCUUUCAGUUCCUCAGCCUCUAAGCCAACCCUCUACUCCAUCUAUAAUGCGAACUUCAGAAGAGGGAUGAAAGAAACUUUUUGCAUGUCUGCCAUGAAAUGCUACAGAAGCAAUGCAUACACCAUCACCACCAGCUCCAGGAUAGCAAAAAAAAAUCAUGUUGGUAUUGCAGAUAUUCCAGCUACAGCCAAAAGUGUCACCAAAGACUCCACCUAUGACGCUUUUAACAGAGAAGCCAAGGAAAGAAAGCUUGCCUGGCCUAUUCCAUCCAAUCCCCCAAAUACGUUUGUCUAGUGAGCCUCAUUGUUUUCAAAAGAUACUGUGUACCCCCAGAAGGAGUUUUCUCUCCUUUUGAACCUAUGUAUAGUUGAAUAUUUUUAACCCAGCCUUUGGCAAGGGGGAGGAAAGAGAUGUUUUAUUUUAUUAAAUGCCUUGGGUUUGAUGC